GCUCAAGAGAUCGCCUCGACAAUGGCCUUCUUUGACAUCUGCUGCUGCUACGGGGAUGGCGAGCCUGGUCCUCUGAAUUUCACGGUCCAUCGAGCGAUGCCGACUGAGAAUCCGUGCUCACUGGUCAACACCCUCAAGGAUGGGUAUGCAGAUGUGCCAGUGUUGCUUGGAGAGCAGCAAGCACGCGAUGUCAGCAGAGCAAGAGAGCCAAAAGAAGUGGUCACUUCGCCACAUUUUGUGCUCGAGGACGAGGUGAAGAAGAGGACUUAUCAGGUAACUCUGGAGCCGGGUGAGGGUGAGGGGCGUCAACUGGGCCUCGCAUUUGACCUCAUGGACCCCGACGUUUGCAUCGUGAGCAGUGUGCAUGAGUCCGGGCUGGCAGCAGCCCACAACAACAAGGAGGGCCUUCCGUCAGACCAUCGGAUUCGUCCUUUUGACCGCGUGCUGGCGAUAAAUGGCGCUUUUGUCGCCAAGGCACACGACUUGCAAGAGAGACUCCAAGCUGCUGGUCCAUUGGUGGAGCUUCAGCUGGAGCAUCCCCAAGAGUCGGAGUUCACGAUUGACCGCCAGGGGAAAAAGCUUGGCAUCGUGCUUGCUGCAAGCAAGGCAUCUGCAUCAAUUUGCGUGAAGAAGCUGGACCCAGAAGGAGCCAUGCACAUGAUGAAUAAAGCUGACUGUCGCCAGCAUCUGAAACCACACGACCGAAUAGUCAAGGUGAAUGGAAGAGACUCUGAUCGUGCAGCAAUGGCGCGUGCGCUGGCUGAAGAAGUUGUGACCAUGACCGUUUGCAGCUACUAUCUCCCAGGUGUUGUGUACAGAACAUGA